CCGACUCCGUCAUCACACCUGGCCGUGCCGACCAGACUGCAGCCACCCCUAUUGCCUACUGUCCGAUACUCUCGCAUCUUCUGUAUCCAUCGUACCAAUAUAGUGGAACGCAGCCACCAUGGCUACCGUCAACUGGCGCACAAUUAACAUUGACGCCUUGGAUCCCGACUCCCCUGCCAACUUCGACCUGAGCACAUUGACGGCCACCGUCGCGCCAGUCUCAACAGCUGAUGUGCAGUCGCUCGCUGGGCAGAUACGGCAGCUUCUCAGAGGGGGCGACAAUGAGGGGGCUUUGCAGGGCGCGUUGGAGAAUCCACCAUACGGAGCCGAUGAGCGGGGCAAGGAUGUCCACCUAGCCACCGUUAUCGAGAUUCUCCAAUCGAUCCGGCAGUCAGAUAUGUCGCCGAUGCUCGGCCGUAUAUACAAGUCGCCAGGUGGAACGGAGGCGUUGGACGUGCUCAUGAAGUAUAUCUACAAGGGCAUGUCACAGACGAACGCGGCGAGCACAACGCGGAACAUAACCCCUCAAGCGACUGGCUUCUCACAAAUCCAUUCUCGUGGAGGAGGUGAAGGUGGUGGUCAGGCUAUGAGUGUACUCCUGAGUUGGCACGAGAAGGUCGUCGAAAUAGCAGGCCCUGGCUGUAUCGUCAGGGUAAUGACUGACCGACGCACGGUUUGAGCAGGCGCCCAACAAUCCAACCACGAACACCAACGCACCAAAGUCUGGCGCGAGCAGGCGUGGCGAAGAAUCAGGAUUUGGGCACCAAGUUUCAUGCUCCCACUCACCCGCCCACGCAAGCCUCUCACAACCCAAAAGCAAAGUCAUGAAUGAAACAAGUCCAACGAUAUCAUAUCAUAUCACAAUCAGCCAUUACAGGCAUCCUUCCAUUCUUCCCUUCCCUCCCGUGCGAGCCAGACCACGUUUUGUCAAUGACCUUAGCAGCGAGAAUUUUUGUCUGAUUUCCCUCACCCGGGAUCCUGGUCCCUGUAUGCUACACUUGCUGAUGA